UCCUUUCCAAAACAACAAAAACAAAAAAAAAAAUUGAAAUAAAACAAUUCUCUCUCUCUAUUUCUGUAUCUUUUGUCUCUGUUUCAUUCAUUCCCAUUUCAUAUAUAUGCCAAAACCCAUAUCUAUUUCCAUCCAUUCCCAAAUUUACUGAUUCAAAAUUGGUAAAAAUAUAACCACCAAACAUGCCUGGUAGCUUAGAACCAUUAGAUGUAAAUAAUGUUCAAAUUCCAUAUCAUUUCAGGUGUCCAAUUUCUCUAGAAUUAAUGAGAGAUCCAGUCAUAGUCAACACUGGUCAAACCUACGACAGGUCGAGUAUCGAGUCAUGGGUGAGUACCGGAAACACGACUUGUCCAGUGACUCGUUUGCCACUAAUGGAUUUCACACUUAUCCCGAAUCACACGUUACGACGUCUGAUUCAAGAAUGGUGUGUGGCAAACAGGUCAUACGGUGUGGAACGGAUUCCAACACCUAAGCAACCAGCGGACCCUAUUAUGGUACGCUCGUUGCUUAACCAGGCUGGAUCAGAGUCUAAUACUAGACAUGCCAGGCUGUCUGCACUACGCAGAUUACGUGGACUAGCACGUGACUCGGAUAAAAACCGAUCAGUAAUCUCCACGCAUAACGCACGUGAGAUACUGAUCGGUAUUUUGUUCUCCGAAACUACAAACACACACUCCGAGCUGAAGAUAGAAUCCUUAGCGAUUUUAUCUUCCUUUCCGUUAUCGGAAUCGGAGUGUGCGCUAAUUUCGGCCGAUUCUGAUCGGUUUCAGCAACUUAUUACUCUCCUCUCACAUACGUCAAUCGACGUUCGCGUAAAUUCCGCUUCGUUGAUCGAAAACGUGGUCGCUGGAACAAAAUCUUCAGAAAAAAGAGCUGAAAUGAGCGAUUUUGACGGAAUUUUCGACGGAAUUGUUAAUAUUUUAAACUUUCCAUUAACGUAUCCACGCGCUAUAAAGAUAGGAAUAAAAGCUUUAUUUGCAUUAUGUUUAGUAAAGCAGCACCGUAAUAAAGCGGUGGAGGCCGGAGCAGUGGUGGCGAUAAUUGACCGGUUGUCCGAUUUCGAAAAAUGCGACGCGGAACGCGCGUUAGCUACAGUGGAGCUACUAUGCCGGAUUCCGGAAGGAUGUGCGGCGUUUGCGUCUCACGCGCUUACAGUGCCGUUGUUAGUUAAAAUAAUUUUGAAAAUAUCUGAUAGAGCGACGGAGUAUGCCGCUGGUGCCUUGUUGUCGUUGUGCACGGCGGCGGAACGGUUGCAACGGGAGGCGGUGGCGGCGGGGGUUUUGACGCAGCUGUUGCUGCUUGUGCAAAGCGAGUGUACUGCACGCGCGAAACGGAAAGCGCAAAUGUUGUUGAAAUUGCUCAGGGACUCGUGGCCGGAAAAAUCAGUUAGGAGUUUGGACAAUUUUGCGUGCAGCGACGUCGUUCCAUUUUGAUGAUUUUUUGACUUUUUAUUUUUGUUUUUAUUUUCUUUUUGUUUUAGAAAGGAAAAAGGAAAGUAAAAAGGAAAAGAAAAGGUGUAUUGAGGUUCUAGAAGGUGGUGGGGGUAUAUACAAAUUGUAUCUUUGGGUUAUGUAUGUAAGAAAAUUUUGAUGGAGGGAUUGGUUUGUUUGCAAUAGAAAACUUGAAGGUUACUUUUGCAAUUUACCUAGUUUGUAUUCUCAUUUUUUUUAUUAUAUAUAUUUUAAUUACUUUUUAGAGGUAA